AUAUUUCGGGGCGAAACAGUAAGCAUAUGAUUUCAUAACUUGUUCCACGGAGCAUCACUCCUUUUGAUCAAAGAACAAAAGAACAGACUUUUGCGUCCUGAUUAGCCAGUUUUAAUCAGGUUUUUCUCGUGGAAAGAACAAUCGCGAAUAACUCCCGCGUGACACAAAUCUAAAGAAAGCGAGAAGAUAAGCACAAUUGGAAAGAGAAUGCGCGCUGUGUUCUACGAAAUGAUGAUAGACGACAAGCUCAGCCGUUAUGAUCCACUAGAUCUUACACACAACCACUCGCAUUUCGAGCUAAAAUGGAGGAAAACGCCUCGAAUGGUUGAGGAAGAGGAAAAUAAAUGUUACCAAGUGAGACGUGAUGGGAGAUCGUCUUACGAAGAGGGUGUCAACAUCCAGACUGACAGAAUGGUAGACUUGAGCUACAACAGGACCACUCUCACACCAUCAUCAGCAGCUGUCAGUGUGGACAGCAUGGGUGACACACUAAACACCGCUACCCUGGUGGCCAUGCUCCUGUCAAGUGCUGUGUUUAUAGCACUGGUUAUCGCAUUGUUGAUUUAUCGAUACUACAGACGAACCUCUGGACCUGUCUGGAUAUCCAAGCUCGCCUUUAUUCGCGGCCGUUACCGCACCAUGAAACAUGAGGAGCAGGGAACUCGAGAUAAUUUUAUAAUGGGCUUCAGUAACCCCAUAACAGAGAGUUCAGCCGAGUCUGUUGACAAGGCUGAUGGUCAAGUCACAGUGUUAGGUUAUAGACCUCUCCCAGAGGAUGGUCAUAAAGAUGGAAUAAAAGAUUACAGUCUGCUUUACAAACAAAUGUUCCCGCGGGACCGCUUGGUUUUCGGGACCGAUCUCGGGACAGGGUGGUUUGGAAAGGUGUAUGAAGCAGACGCUUAUCGCAUAAAGACAGGCUGGAGAAAGACCAAGGUGGUUGUUAAAGAGCUACGAAAAAAUUCCAUAUCACAGAUGAAGGAGGUUUUUUUGAAAGAAACGGAUGUUUUAAGGCGUGUUGAACACAAGAACGUGUUAAGUGUUUUAGGACAAACUACAGAACAGGAGCCUUUCCUUGUCAUCUUGGAACAUUCUUCCGUGGGAGAUUUGAAAAAAUUCCUUUUGGAACAACGUUGUGACAAGAAGCGGGAAGGGGUUCCGUUGGCUCUGCGCAUGUCAAUUGACAUUGCUUCUGGUCUUCACUGCUUGCAUGCGAAUUACUUUUAUCAUAGCGACCUUGCUGCUCGAAACUGUCUCGUGUUUCCUGAUUUGUCUGUAAAAAUUGGUGAUUAUGGAAUUUCAAGAUGCGUUUACAAGAAUGACUACUAUAAUAGACCAAACGCGCCCAACACCAUCCCUGUCAGGUGGUUAGCACCAGAGGGCGUGGUUAUUCAGAAAGAUGGAAGCCUGCUGACUAAACCUGCGUCUAGCCAUGGAAAUGUGUGGUCAUUUGGAGUAACGCUUUGGGAAAUUGUUGAAGGUGGCAAGCAGCCAUAUGAACAGCUAUCAAAUGAAGAAGUAUUACAUAGUGUGAUACAAGAUCAGCUGUAUCAGCUGCCAGAGCCGCACAAAAGGGGAAACGUAUUGGACUUCCUGUAUGAGUUAAUGCUUCAGUGUUGGGUGGAUCCUGACAGAAGACCUUCAGUUCAGAAACUCGAGUCGACGUUAAUGUCGCUUAUGUCAGGGCGCUCUGUGCCCUGCCUUACGACUGGCGGAAACUUGAAACAAGAAACGGAACUUCGCGAUCCUCAAGCUGCGGCUGACACAAAAAAUUCAGCACAACCUAUCGCAAUAGUUCAUCCACUUCGCCCUGACUGUGACGAACCAAAUUCUUUCGAGAGUACGGCUGUUCCCAGCAAUAGCCAAGACCAAGAACAGAACUCAUCGGACGUGGAGGUCACCAUUAUCUCUUCUGAAUCACCGCCACCAGUUACAUACAUCGGUAAUCCUUCGGAAGAACUCGGGGAAACCUCGGAGGUCUCGGCAGACUCAUUGACUAAGGUGGUGUCCUUGGAUUCACAGCCAUCUGUUGUUGUGGAAUCUGACCGUGGGUCUGAUCAUGAGUUUGUGAUGGUUCCUGGUGAAGUUAUUCGUAGAAGAGGGUCUAUUUUGAAAAAUCCAAACGCCCCGUCUAAGCCGAGUAAGGUGGUUCAUUUUCCAGUCAAUAUUCUGGCUUUACGAACUGUUCACAAGUAUGAAAGAAUGGACUCCUUUGAAGAAGGAAACAACUCGGUGACGGAUGAGGAAGAUGGAGAAGACGAAAAAGUGGUCAGUAUGUGGUCACGUGACUACCCUCUCUCUAGUUUCGAGUCUGACGAAUACAGGUGUAAAUUUCCAGUGGAGAAAGACUUUGAAAGUCUCGAUUUAAACUCACCAGAAGAAAACGGAACAGAUUUGGCUAACGAGCCCCCGUCAUCGCCUAUUGAAAAGAAGAUACGAAAGGGCGCUCGUCGAAAGAAAGUGGAAGAUUGUGGACAAGAAUGGGUUACUGCAAUCGAUUCUACAGAAGAAGCACCUGCUUAAACUGCUGAACUGUAUUGUAGGCUUCUGUUUUUCAGUGGAGCGAGCAGUGAGACAAGUCCUCUAGGAGGGUUUGAAGACUGUGGAUAAGAAAAAGGCCCAAAUGAAUUUUGGAUUUUGUCCGAAACGUCCGUAUGACCUGAAAAUAGAAAUAUCUUUACGGCACAUUGAUAGGCUCGAUAAGACCAGUAGCGCUAUUUGAAACUUUACAUUUAAUUACCGUCAGGUUACCGUAUUUGUGAAAUCGACUUGCAAUCGUAUUGAAGACUGAAGAUCUUAGAUACGAGACUCGUUGCAGAAAUUCUGAAAUUCGCUACUCCCGUACACUUGUGGAAUCGGUCUUAUGUCUUCAUCAGAUAUCCUUUUCUUGUAAAAAAGAUUGAAAGUACGUUUGACCGGCCUUUAUCACAUGGCUGGCCUGUAAGCGGUUAAGCAGUCCAUGCUCAAUCGAGAAAUCACAUGCAGUUAGAUUUGAGUUAUCACUGCAGUCGUAAACUUCGAUUAAUAGGGACCUUUGAGCUUCUCCGCUUGUUGAGAUGCACGAUAUAAACUUGAAAGUUGCACGAAAUUGAUUGCCGGUUUUACCAGCGUUAGAUCUUGAAUGUGUUAAAGCAGGCAGGUACAUAAUGUUACGCUAUGUUGCGAUAUAAUUGUAUAUUUUCUAAGAGAGAAACUGCGUUAACUAAAAAGAAAGAGAAAGAGAUUUAUUACAAAUAUAAAGUUGCAAAUAUUAAAAUGACAGUUCUUUUAGAA